GGACAACGAAAAGAAAUGUUUAGUGAAGCGUAUCAAGUGGAAAAAAGACAGCGUGAAGAACAAGAAAGACAGCAGAAUCAGGAGAUUAUCCGGAAAAAUAUUGCCAAAAUAAUCGAUAAUUGUAUUAAUGCGGUAAAUGCCGGUUGCUCCAUGAAAGUUGAGGGAGUAUUAAACGAA